AUGACGAUCUCAUCUCCCUCCAACUUUGGUAGUGUGUUCCUCAAUUAUCGAGGAGACCAGUUACGCUAUGGGUUCGUCAGUCACCUUAUAGACGCCUUUGAGAGAUACGGGAUCAUGUUCUUUAUAGAUAAAGACGAGCAAAGGGGCAAAGAUUUGACAAACCUAUUUGUAAGGAUGAAAGAGUCUAAGAUCGCGCUGGUAAUCUUCUCUAGCAGGUACGCAGAGUCCAGCUGGUGCAUGGAUGAGCUUGUGAAUAUAAAGAAACGUGCAGAGAAAGGAAAGCUCGAAGUCAUUCCCAUCUUUUACAAGGUUAGGGCAAAAGAUGUGAGAGCACAAACGGGCAAGUUUGGUGACAAAUUUUGGGCGCUAGAAAAGGUUUCUAGUGGAGAUCAGAUCAAGAAGUGGAAGGAUGCACUAGAAUGUAUCUCCAAUAAGAUGGGUUUGUCCUUGAGAGACAAAAGUUCCGAAGCUGAUUUUAUCAAGGGAAUUGUUAAGGAAGUUGAAAGAGUUAGAACUGCCACUGUUCGCGGGGGUGCACAAAGUCAUCAUUGUAUCAAGUUUAUCCCGAAUAAAAGGAUAAAGAUUUGCAAAAAAUUUCCAGAAGAUGAGGCGAAAAGUGUUGAAAUUGCCCAUAUGAAUUUCUCUAACGCAAGAGGGGAAGAGGAGCAAAAUCAAGAAGUUCUGGUACUUAAUCAUGAUUUUGUUAAAUAA